AUGGGAGCAUCUCUGAGAGAACAUGGUUCCUUUGUGCGGCCGGCCACUCGAGACCGGCCUUCGACUCGCGGCGAGGGGGAAAAUUCGCUGGUCGUCCCCAGUCGCACGUCGUCGCUUCAUUCUCGCAUCACUCAACCCAUUCCUUCCACUCUUAACAUGAAGCCCGCCCAGCGGACGCCAAAAACUCUGACCCACGCCUAUAUGGUCUGCGGUGUCGGCCGUGAACCAUCGCAAUGGGUCAAGGCUCCUUCUCCAGAUCAGGGCAAGAUUGGGCAUAUGAAAGGCGCUGUUGGCCAAUUCUGGCUCCCCGAGAUUCUGGGCAGUAGCCCCCGGUUAGAGCAGGAUAAUGAGAUCGCUCGUGCUCUGCACGCGGCCAUGCGGGCUUGUUUCCCUCACGAUGUCGAAAUCUGCACGGGCAAGAGCCAGCCUCACUGUGCCCACCACGCUUUCGUUUUGCAACAGGACUCUUCUCACACUCUGUACGGUAUCGCGCUGCGCGUUUGGUCUCGUGCUGAUGAGAAGCGCGCUGAGACCAUCCGCGAAUUGCGCAAGAAGACUGAGCCCGACUUUUACGACAACCCUGAUGAGACCUACUGGAUCCCCUACUGCUUGAGUUUCCUGUCCCGGUAUCCAUUGUAUGACCUGCUGGGCGACUACCUCCGCGGAAUGUGGAUUCAUUGGAAUAAGGCUACCAACCUGUUCCACGCCGAGGAAGUUUCUCGGAUUCUCAGCUUCCCGGCUCCCCGCUUGAACGACUUGGUUCGCAUUGAUAUGAAAGAUUACGCCUUGUGCUACCAGUUCCCAUCCUCGCCAACCGGAUUCCAGAACUUCGCCAUGUGGCCCCUGUUUAACUGUCUUUCAAUCCCCAACAUCGUCGGUGUGAUUGAGGCCGCCGUGUCACCUACUCGUCGUAUUAUCUUUGUCAGCCACUACCCGGCCAUGCUGACCGUGGCCGCCGAGACUAUCCGUUACUGCGUUCGCGUGUACGAGUGGAGCGGUCUUUACGUGCCCGUGGUGCACGCUCGUCACGUCAAAGAGCUUGUUCAGGAGCCCGGUCCUUACAUUCUGGGUAUCACCGCUGAGUGCCGAACUCUGUUCAAUGCUCCCUCGGAUGCCCUGGUUGUGGACCUGGACCGCAACUUUGUUUUGACUUCUAGCCCGCCCAAUGUCCUGAACCAAGGCCAGCGUACGAAGUUCAUCACCCGGUUGACUCAGUCUCUGAACGGCGACGUCUCGCCCUCUGGUGUUCCUGCUCACCUGCGUUCGGCUUACGCUGGCGGUAAGCUGAUCCCUGCUGGUCAGAUCAUUGUCAUGCGUGGCGAGGUCGAGAGCGUCCAGGACCCCAACUGGUGGAACCAGGAUGCUGUCAUGGGUGUUAUGGACCACGUCUGCGAGAAGCUCGGUCGCAACACCGGUAUGAAGGCCAUCUUCGGUGGCUCCGUCAAGAAGCCCCUCAUGACCAAGGUCUCGAUGCGUCACCUCAACGAGAUCGUUCGUGAGCGCAACCAGUACUCCCGGGAUGCCAUGGAGGCCUGGCAGGACUUCAUCAACCUCAAGGGCCGCAUGGACACCGAGCUCAGCAAGGUUACCAAGCGCAACAACUUCUUGGUCGAGGAGCUCGAGACCUGGAAGCAGCAGUUCCUCAAGUUCCAAGCCUUUGCUGAGCAACUCACCAAGGAGACCUCCGAACUCAAGGUCAAGAUUGAGAACCACAAGCGCGAGAACCGUCGCCUCACGGGUCUCAUUGACCAGCAGAAGGACGAUGUCGCUCGCCUUACUCUCCGGCUGUCUGGCACUGAGAAGCAGCGUGACGAUGCGCUCGAGGCUCUGGUUCUGCAACAGGAAAUUGCCGAGGAGCUGGAGCGUGAGCGCAAGCGCAACCAGAAGGAGAUUUCUGGCCUCACGCACACUAACGCUACCCUCAGCCGCCAGCGCGACGACGCCCAGCGCGUGGUUCUGCACCUGCGCAGCCUCAUCAACGGCCAGAGCCACCACAUGGAACACAUUGUCCGCUCCAUCGGCAGUGCUUCCGAAAUUACUGAGAUCGUCGAGCAGGGUUACGAAGAUGCCCCCGAGGAAUCCGACACCAAGAGCGAGAAGAGUGUGGAGGUUGUGAAGAAAGCUUCGAGCAGGGAGAUCGGUCAAAAGCCUUCGGUAAAUCAUAUGAGCCCCGAGCUGGAGCAGCACUUGCUGAACCUCGACAAGGACCAUAAGUCCCUUGCUCGUCUGAGCAUUACAGAUGUCGCCGACCGUUACCUCCGCGACAAGACCGAUGCUAUUGCAGACAUCAUCCGCAGCAUCAGCGACCAGUGUGCCGCCGCCGUCGAAGGCCUGCACCUCGCCCAAGAUGCCGAGGAUGACGACUCCGUUUCCAUCAAGGCUCACCACAACGGCGAACAGCGUCUCGGCUCCGACUACGAGAGCCAGGAUGGCCGCACCACCCGUGCCACAAGCGAAAUCAGUGACAUCGACCACAACUCGCUGCACCCGGAUAACCGUCACUCCAGCAUCCCUCCCACCCCCGACCUGGUCCACAACCGCUCCAGCACCUCCAUGUCCAUGGUCAGCAGCUCUACCUUCCCUGAGCGAUCCAGCCAGCAGUACGGUCCCGGCGACAUCCCCACCCGCAUCGUGGAGGAUGACGACGAACACACCCACGAGACUGACGGCAUGGAUGACCAGCAAACUGAGACUGGCACUUUGUCCAAGCAGGCCAGUGAAGACCUCAUGCGGCCUCAAACUGCCCGUGUGAUCUCGUAG